CUCUAGAGCCAGUCUAUGCUGAGAUCAGGCGAUGCAUGGGCGAUGUACGAUAGUGUGCAGCGAGGUGUGCAGUUCUGGGCUGAAACUCUCGUAAUUAUACGAUAACCUUGUAAUCUCGUAAAUAGUAGCCUUCAAAGAUCAAGGAACUAUAACGAAGACGGAAAGGCAGCACUGUUUUUCCCACGCAGCUAUGGCAUCCGAGAGUCCAUUAAAGAAAAAGAACAAGGUUAUUGGAGAUGAGCUGGCCUACUUUGAUGCCUUAUUUCCACAGCUGGUCAAAGAGCUGACAGAUGAUGUCAGUUCACCUGAAAUACUGGAUGCUGUUAACUGGUUUAGAGAGGUACUUAGAUAUAUACUCCCAUGGUAAGAAAAACAGAGGUCUGGCUGUUGUGAAAUCUUAUAGAUGUCUUGUCAAACCAGAAGAACUUACGGAAGAAAACCUGACAAUAGCCAGAGUGCUUGGAUGGUGUGUCGAACUGUUACAGGCAUAUUUUCUUGUGUCUGAUGAUAUCAUGGAUUCAUCAGAGACUCGACGUGGGCGGCCGUGCUGGUAUAAAAAGGAAAAUGUUGGCUCUAUAGCAAUAAACGAUGCCAUCUACCUUGAGACAUGCAUAUAUGCUCUGCUUAAGAAAUAUCUACGUGGCAGACCAUGCUACAUUGACAUAAUUGACUUGUUUCAUGAGACGACGUCCCGCACGGUUCAUGGUCAAUGCCUGGACGUGUGCACGGCCUCGCCCGUCGAGAAGCGUGUUAACUUGUCGCGCUUCACGACACAACGAUACUCCGCCAUCGUCAAGUACAAGACGGCGUUCUACUCCUUCCAUUUGCCUGUCGCAUUGGCACUGCACCUGGCAGGUAUAUGUGAUGAGGCAUCACAUUCCAUUGCACAAAAGAUACUGCUAGAGAUGGGACACUUUUUCCAAGUGCAGGACGAUUUCUUGGACUGCUAUGGUGACCCAGCGGUUACUGGGAAAAUUGGUAGUGAUAUUGAGGACAACAAAUGUAGUUGGCUAGUCGUACAGGCACUAGCAAAAGCCACUGCAGAACAAAAGCAAAUGCUCCAGAAUGACUAUGGCAAAACUGAUGCGGCAUGUCUAGCCAGGGUGAAGGAUCUAUAUGAAGAGCUGCAACUGAAACAAGCAUAUGCUGACUAUGAAGAACAAAGCUACCGCACUAUCAUAUCACUCAUAGAGCACGAAUGUACGACCCUCCCUCGCCAGAUCUUCCUAGACUUUGCGCACAUGAUAUAUAAGCGAGAAAAAUAAUUCGCAUGCAACCAAAACAUGACCUGCAAGUAACGUUCCUGAUUUAUGGGUCUGACAGUAUUGUAAGGUGACCAUUUUUCCAAACCCAUAGUCAUAUCAGUGACAGUUAUUUUUAGAGCAUUUCAAAAAUCUAUAAGUGUAAAUAAUAGUGGCAUUCUAAAUUAUGACAUGGAGGUCAGGAAAUUAUACAAUAAUACUGACAUGGAAUGCCUAUUGUAACAGCAUAUGCUACAAGUUUAGUAAUAAAGUAGAAUUAUCUCUUAUAACCAGAACAGGGUACCUAGAAUGUAUAGGACUUUAAGUUUGUUUUCUCAGAUCUAUUAAUGACAACAGAUUACUAAGAAACUGUGAUAGUGAAAUAUAGCCAGAUUAUGUAUAGAAUUUUUUAGUAUUUCUUUUUGGCUGUACAAAAUUGUUAACUAUGUGUCUUAUAAAUGACACACAUAAUUACAACUGUUGAACUGGAACGGGUGGUUAUUACAUUUUCUUACAUGUAAGAACGUUUUCCAUUUGUGAUAUGGCAAGUUGAGUCUAGAAAUAGCUAGUGUUGAAGAGGAAUGACAGUUGUUUUAAAGAAUUUCAUUUCUUCUCGUGAUAAUGUGGUCAGCGCAAACUGUUUUUAAUACAUUGCUAAAAAUAUCAAUAUAUAUAUA